CAUAAAGGCAUGAAUCAGUCGUUCUCGAGCUAUAAGCGUUCGAGGGCGUUUUACUCGCGCUUUGCGUCGUUCGUUAAACGUGUUGCCGGUUGCCGCCGUGUCAUCCGCCAUUUGACCUAUUUAUCAGAUCCUAACAAAACUGAGUGACAAUUUAGUCCUUCCAAACAGUGCCUAAAAAUGUGUGAUGAGACGGUGUAGAACGAAAAAUAGUCUAAUGCGCGGAAAUUUCGUACAUCGAAAGUGCCAAAUCAAAUUCGUGAAAUUUUAAGUAUACAACAAACGAUGGAUAGUUCGCGCAAACCGGAAAAGAAGAACCCUCGGAAGGGUGCCUUCUGUCUGUCGCAGCUAAUCUUCGCGUGGCUUUUGCCACUGUUCUACAAAGGCAGCCGGUACGGCCUCAGCAAGGACGAUCUCACCAAGUGCCUGAAGAAAGAUAAGUCGGAGGAGCUUGGAGAUAAGUUAGAAGAGCAAUGGGAGAAGGAAAUAUCUCGUGCGAGGAGGAAAAAUCGAUCUCCCCGUCUAAGGAAUGCGUUGUUCCACACUUUCUACAAACAAUCUCUAUUCGACGGAUUUCUGGUGUUUAUGUUCAUCUUCAUUAAGUCGAUACUGCCCAUAGUGUUAGCUCAGCUCUUGAUACAAUUUCAAGCCCCCUCAAACACAACUCACAUCGUGACUACACCCAUCGCACCACCUGAUGUCCUGCUCACUACAACUCUGCACUUCCUCCGCGACCAGGAUGAGAACAACACAGAAUGGAGUCGCGAACGGAGAAGUAUUGACAGCAAAACGAACGCUCUGAACCUCAACCAUCUGAAUGAUAACAACUACCGAGAUGAGGCUCAUAACAGCAGCCGAGAUGACGAAUAUUUCGACCUUGGGGAUGACGAAGAAGCUGUGAAGUUCAGAGGACUAUCAACCGUAGCUGACUUUAUCGGUCACAUGUGGAACGAUGCGUACUGGCUGUCUGGAAUUUUGGUGGCAUUGACCUUGCUAGGAUGCUUCUGUAAUCACCACUCGGAUUUGAGACAGCGAUUAGUGGGUGCGCGAAUGCGAAUCGCGUGCUGCUCGGCCAUAUACAGAAAAACACUGAGGAUGUCCAAAAAAGCAGCUGGACGAACGCCGGCAGGUUAUUUGAUUAAUUUACUUUCGAACGACGUCAGCCGGUUGGACUAUGGUUUCAUCUUUUUGCACUAUGUUUGGGUUUUGCCCUUGCAGGCCGUCUUCACGUGCUACAUUAUCUGGUGUAGCGUUCGAUGGGCUGCCGUUGUGGGAGUAGUUGGGCUUUUGCUAAAGACCAUUCCUGUCCAAACGGGUCUUGGUCGUCUCCAAUCGGUGCUACGCAUGCGCGUCGCCAAACGAACAGAUCAGCGCGUUGGGAUCAUGAACGAGCUGAUACAAGGUAUCCAAGUUAUCAAGAUGUACGCUUGGGAGAAACCUUUCCGCAGUGUGGUAUCGAUAGCGCGUAAAAAAGAGGUUCGACAAAUCCGAUGGGCUUCCUACAUUCGGGGUAUUUAUCUCAGCACCAUGAUGUUUACGGAAAGAUCAACACUGUUCCUAGCGAUUGCUACGUGCUUCGUCGAAGGGCGACCCAUCACGGCGGAUAUCGUCUUCCCAAUGGCCCAAUUCUUCAAUACCCUUCAGCUCACGGCCGCUAUUUUCUACCCACUAGCAGUUUCGUUAGGAGCUGAGGCAUUGGUUUCGAUCGAUCGUAUUCAGGAGUUUCUCGAGAUGGAAGAGCAAAACAAAAAAAUGGUAGGUUUACACAAAAAUGAAGAUCUCAUGGUCAAGGAACAACCGGAAUUCGCCGUAGUGCUGAAUAAUGUCUCCGCAUGCUGGGAAGAGGGUAAAGAGAAAACACUUAAAGAUUUGAAUCUGAAAGCCAAAUCGGGCCAACUAUUGGCCGUCGUCGGACCUGUUGGUGCAGGGAAAAGCUCCCUUCUUCAACUGCUUCUGGGCGAAUUACCAAUGCUAAACGGAGACACCACUAUCAACGGGGACAUCUCGUAUGGAUCACAGGAACCCUGGUUGUUUGCCGGAACGGUCAGAAAUAACAUAAUAUUUGGACUGCCAUACGAUCGCAAGCGCUAUCAGGAGGUUGUUACACACUGUGCCUUACUGACUGAUUUUGAGCAACUGCCGGACGGUGACAAGACGGUUGUCGGAGAACGUGGAAGUUCACUGUCGGGCGGACAGCGUGCCCGAGUGAAUCUAGCUCGAGCGGUUUACAAAAAUGCAUCAAUAUAUCUUCUCGACGAUCCGCUGAGUGCAGUCGAUACGCACGUGGGACGUCAUCUUUUCGACGAAGUUAUGGGACCAAAAGGUUAUCUGGCAAAGCAACAUGCAACGCGUAUUCUAGUUACUCACCAGGUCCACUUUUUGAAAGAUGCUGAUUGGAUUGUUAUUAUUGAGAACGGCAAAAUACUUAUGCAGGGUACUUAUCAGGAACUAUCUACCAGUGAUUUAGAUUUCGGCAAAUUGAUGGGAUCUGCUGAAGAAAGCGAAAAGGAUCAAGAUAAUGAAGACAUAGAAGAUGUUAUGGAUGAAGACAUUCCAUUCAUCGAUGGUGUAAGGAAUGGAAAGCUGUUAAAAAGUUCCUCUUCGAUACAAGGACUUUCAUCCCUUUCGUGUGCCUCAAGUGUGAGCGAGAACCUCGGACGCACUACGACCGAAGAUCAGGCGGAAGGAAGCCUUCCACUGAGAGUGUGGACGACAUAUUUUCGAGCUGGCGGCAAUGUUUUACUUCUAUCGUUCACCUUAUUCAUGCUAAUCUUCUCCCAAGUUGUAGUCAGUGGAUCAGACUACUUUGUGACUUAUUGGACCCGGCAGGAAGAACGCCGUGUUAGGGACAUCCCGGUGACGUACUCCACCGGUGAACUACUUAUAGCCUAUGGCAUUAUCAUAAUUGGAGUUAUAUUUUUCACUAUCUUCCGUGGUUACCUGUUCUUCAACAUUUGCAUGAAGGCAUCCAGGACGCUACAUGAUCGCAUGUUUGCGAAAAUACUUGCCGCUCCAAUGAGAUUUUUCGACACAAAUCCGUCAGGUCGCAUCCUCAACAGAUUCUCCAAAGACAUGGGUGCGAUUGAUGAGCUGUUGCCUAAGGCAAUUAUGGAUGCAGUUCAGGUGCUGCUUGUAAUGGUCGGUAUUUUGGUGGUGAUAUCCAUCAUGAACCUGAUCCUCCUGCUUGCUCUGCUCGGAGCCGUUGUACUAUUUGCGGGAACCUUGAAACUCUAUCUUCGACCCACUCAAGAUCUCAAGCGCCUGGAAGGCAUAUCUCGCAGUCCGGUCUUCUCGCAUCUGGCUGCAACACUUACGGGACUCUCAACCAUCCGAGCGAAUGAAGCGCAGCAGAAAAUCACCGAAGAGUUCGAUAAUCUUCAGAACGUUCACUCGGCCGUUUGGCAACUGACAAUGUCCAGCAAUGCCGCGCUAGGAUUGUGGUUGGACUGCAUCAGCACCGGUUUUGUGGCUUGCGUAACGUUCAGCUUUAUACUGCUUCAUCAAGAAACAUACAGCGCCAACGUAGGUCUCGCCAUAUCGCAAGCGAUGAUUCUGACAGGAAUGGUGCAGUACGGAAUUCGACAGACAGCCGAAUCGAUCCAGCAAAUGACCUCAGUCGAAAGAGUGAUACAAUACACGGAAAUUCCAUCGGAAACCGAUCCGCCAAAGGUCCCAUCAGCGGACUGGCCUUGGCAGGGACAGAUCGAGUUCCAGAACAUGUCGUUACGCUAUGAUGCGGAAAGUGAACCCGUGUUGAAAAAUCUCGAACUGACCAUAGCACCAACCUGGAAGGUGGGAAUCGUCGGAAGGACGGGCGCCGGGAAAUCAUCCCUAAUAGGAGCUCUCUUUCGAUUGGCUCCCAUCGAUGGGAAGAUUUUGAUCGAUGGCAUCGAUACGGGUAUUGUCUGUUUGGAAUCUCUUCGGUCGAAAAUUUCGAUCAUCCCCCAAGAUCCGGUACUGUUCAGCGCUACUAUAAGAUACAACCUAGAUCCGUUCGAUCUGUUUGAUGAUGAUGCUCUGUGGAAGGCGAUUAAUGAAGUCGAACUUCGAUCGGCAAUUCCAGGAUUGGACUAUAUGGUUACCGAGAGUGGGACAAAUUUCAGCGUAGGACAGCGUCAAUUGAUUUGUUUGGCAAGAGCAAUUUUGAGAAACAAUAAAAUUCUGGUGCUCGACGAAGCUACGGCAAAUGUGGACCCACAAACUGAUGCACUCAUCCAGAAGACAAUCAGAGAGAAGUUUAAACACUGCACAGUGCUCACGGUGGCUCACCGUCUACACACGGUGAUGGAUUCCGACAGAAUGUUGGUUAUGGACGCCGGCAGAGCACGCGAAUUCGAUGCUCCUCAUGUCCUCCUACAGCAAGAAGGAGGAAUACUGAGAGAUAUGGUGGAAGCAACAGGUCCCUCGGAAUCGGAAUCUCUCAAAAACAUCGCGGCCGAAACUUAUGCUCGCACACAUCACAGUCGACAACUAGUCGACGUUUUACCGAAUCCUUGGCGUUUUAGCAAGGAAAAUCAGUAAUACAUUGAGGAGAUUUUUUUUUAUUUACUUAAACUAGAUAAUAUAAGUACAAGGCCAAAUUUGAAACUUAAGCAGGUGGACACACUCAUACGUCUGAGUUUUGAUAAACAGCAUAUCAAUAUAGAGCAUAUAUUUCAGAUAUUGUACAAAAUACAACCAAUCAACAAACAGGUUGCUCUACAGCUUCCGCAUCUGCAACAA